AUGAACCCAAAUGUCCCAAAUUUUGUUUUCUAUGGUGCUGUUGACCAUGUCAUGGAUGACGAUGACUGGUUUGAGGAGAUGUUCUUGAAUUUGCUUCACAUUGAGGCUUUGUGUGAUGAAGAAAACGAAGUGGACAGGAUACCCCAGCGCACGUCAGCCCUCACGGGUGCUGCAUUCGUGCAUGAGGUAUUACAUGGGCAUCCGGGCACUUGCUACGAGCUAUUUCGCAUGAAAAGAGAUACUUUUAUCUCAUUAGCAGAUGUCCUUAGGGCGAACUACAUACAAGAUACUCGCACCGUUAGUGUGGAAGAAUCGCUAGCCAUAUUUUGCUUGAUAGUUGGGCACCGCCAAGGGAUGAGGGUUGCGGCAGACAGGUUCCAACACUCCACCGAGACCAUUUCACGCAAUUUCAUGUGUGUCAUGAGGGCUUUAUGCAACUUGGGCAAGAGCAUUAUAAGGCCUAGGAAUGUUGACGGUGUGCACCCAUACAUCCAAGAAAAUCCGAAAUAUUACCCCUGGUUUCAGAAUUGUGUUGGAGCUAUUGAUGGCACCCAUAUCAAAGCUUGGGUCCCGGCGCAGAAACAAAAUGCGUUCAGGGGGAGGAAGGGGGUCGUGUCUCAAAAUGUGGUGUGCGCAUGUAACUUCGACAUGAUGUUCACAUUCGUGUAUACCGGGUGGGAGGGAACCACUAAUGACUCGAGGGUCUUCUACGAUGCUAUAACGAGACCUGAAAAUGAAUUUCCUACAGCGCCUGAAGAUCACUACUACUUGGUUGAUUCGGGGUUUCCAUGCUAUAUGGGUUAUCUUCCGCCCUAUCGUGGGGAGAGAUAUCACCUACAAGAUUUCCGUAAUGGUGGGGACCCGCAAGGGUUCAAGGAAUUGUUCAACUACCGUCAUUCCUCACUCCGUAUGGUGAUUGAACGAUGCUUUGGAGUGCUGAAAACACGCUUCCAUGUUUUGAACGGCAUGCCUAAGUACAAAGUCUGUCGCCAGCCCCUUGUAGUCAAUGCAUGCUGCACACUACACAACUUCAUCCGACAAGCUAACCGGAAUGAUAUGUUCUUUGAACAUGCCCCUCCUGUGAUUCUUGGCGAUGGUGCUGAUUACCCCAACCACUAUGACUUUUCUGAUGCUUCUGCUUUGAACAUGGCAAACACUAGGGACCAAAUUGCGCAGUUGAUGUGGGAUAAUAGGCCUGGGCCGAAUUGA